GUUUUAGAAAGCUUUAAAAUCAUGGAUUACAGCCUGCUUCUGGGAAUCCACAUAAUGAACAGUAACAUGAAGGAAAAAGACGGAGAGAGUUCCCACAGUGCAUCGGAUGGGAAACGGCCUGGAGGGCAGAAAGUUCUCUAUUCCACAGCCAUGGAAUCAAUACAGGGCCCUGGGAAAUCAGGAGACACUGUCAACACAGAGAUAACAAACACAAUGGGAGGUAUUCCAGCUAAAAGCCAUAAAGGAGAAAAGCUGCUUCUAUUUAUGGGUAUUAUUGAUAUUCUCCAGUCUUAUAGAUUAGUGAAGAAGCUGGAACAUUCUUGGAAAGCUCUUGUUUAUGAUGGUGACACUGUUUCAGUUCACCGACCAAGUUUUUAUGCAGACAGAUUUUUAAAGUUUAUGAGUACAAGAGUUUUCAAGAAAGUUCAAGCUUUAAAGUCUUCACCUUCAAAGAAACGGUGCAAUUCCAUCACAGCCCUGAAGGCAGCGUCACAAGAGAUAGUGUGUGCUGUUAGCCGGGAGUGGAAGGAUGAAAGGCAUGGCAUUCUUGCUGAAGGACAAAGCUGUGCCAGCCUUGAUGAGGAAGUACUAGGUUCACGCCAUCAGCCAGAUCUAGUGCCAAGCACUCCAUCUCUGUUUGAAGCAGCUUCCUUGGCAACCACAAUUUCUUCUUCUUCCUUGAAUGCAGAUGAGCAUUAUCAGCGUGAUCAACCUAUGCUCUACUCUAGCAGUCCGGGUUUGCGUACUUCCAGUUCCUCACUACAGUAG